UUCUGUACGCAUGCGCCUGGAGCGUGGCCACUCCAAAUCUUCCGGGUGACGGUGCGGAAGCUCACAGUGGCGCCAGUUCUUUGUGCGAGGCUUAUAAAGCGCGUCGUUAAACACGUGGAGCGGUCCUGGCCGAAGCCGCUGAGGACCAGGACGGGAUGUCCGCUGAGGAGAAGCAGGAAAAGAACGGGCCGGCGUGGCCGGGGCAUGUGUCACUGGCUUGCCAGCCUCUGCUGGAGGAACUGGAAGCCCUCCAGUUAGAUAUGCAGCCCGUGAAUAACCAAGCCACCAGGGCCUACGCCCGGCUGAAGCAGAAGCUGCAGCAGAGGCGCAGGGUUCUCCUGGAGCAAAGGAGGAGCGUCAUCCAGGAUAUCCCCGGCUUCUGGGCCAAGGUUUUUGUGAACCACCCUCAGAUGUCAGCCAUGGUCCGGGACAAGGAUGAAGACUUGCUUAGCUACAUGGUCAAUUUGCAGUUUGCCUUCACUUUAUCCUGGCAGGUGGAGGAAGUCAAUCACCCCAAUAAUUGCUGCAAGAUCAAGAUGUACUUUCAGAUCAACCCGUACUUCUGUAAUAAGUUGAUUGAAAAGGAAUAUCUUAGAGAUGUGAAGGGAUAUAUAGCAUAUCAUUCCACUACAGUUAAGUGGCAUCGGACUUAUAAACACGAGGCCCAAAGCCGCAGGCAGUACAGCAGCACUCUGAGCAUCUUCAACUGGUUUUUGGACCACAACUUUGUAGGAUCAAACAGGAUUGCUGAGAUCAUCUGCAAGGAUAUGUGGCUCAACCCUGUGGCCUACUACCCUAGGGAGGAGACAUCUGGACAGGAAACGGAGGAUGCGAGUGAGCAGCCCAGCUGUUCAGUUGAAGGAUGCCCCGAGAUAUAGAAGUCACUGCAGUGGCAAUGUGUUCCUUUGAAAACCUUCAUCCAGGAGAAUUCAUAAACUGAUCCUAAAACAUAAGAAAAAAGGUUCAGAUUUGAUGGUGAUAAAUUGGCACUUUGGAUCAACACCUACCGCAAGAAAAAUCCGGAGGGAGCAAUAAACAGGAUAAUGUGUGUAUGUCUGCGUGUCAUUCU